UCUCUCUCUCUCUCUCUCUCGAAUUAAACUAACUAGUAGCCAUGGCUAGCUAUGUGGAUCCUCUUGUGGUAGGGAGGGUCAUAGGCGAGGUGGUGGACCUCUUUGUUCCCACCAUGAGCAUGUCGGUGAGCUACGGAACGAAGCAUGUCAACAACGGGUGCGACGUGAAGCCGUCCAUGGCUAUCAACCCUCCAACUGUCCAGAUCGCAGGCAGACGAGCCGAUCUCUAUACUCUGGUGAUGACUGAUCCGGAUGCCCCCAGUCCUAGUGACCCCACCAUGAGGGAGUGGCUCCACUGGGUGGUGGUUAAUAUACCAGGUGGAACAGAUACCUCUCAUGGAGAGGAGGUGGUGGCGUACAUGGGACCGCGGCCGCCGGUGGGGAUCCACCGCUAUGCCCUGGUGCUCUUCCAGCAGAAGUCAAGGUUCUCAACGGGGGCGGGGGUGGCUCUGCCGGCGUCCCGUGCCAACUUCAACACCCGCACCUUCGCCGCCCGGCAUGACCUUGGCCUCCCCGUCGCUGCGGUCUACUUCAAUGCCCAGAAGGAGCCCGCCAACCGCCGCCGGUGAACGCCCCCUCCAAUUCAUGAUACAUCUUGCCAUGCAUUCUCACCAUAUUAUGUACUCUCUCUGCUGCUUUCUCUCUUACUUUCUGGAACUCUCUUCAAUAAAUUUAGACCAUAUCCUCUCAUGUCAAGGAUAUGGUGAUGGUGUCUGUCAAAAAAUAAAAUGGUUUUAUGUUGAAUGUUGAAUGAUGCUA